AUGCAUGUGGUCUUCCUGAAGACGUUGUUGGAGAUGGUGACGCCGAAGCCGCACGAGGAGCUUGAGAGUGAGGGGCUCUUGGUAAGCUUCCGAUCCUUUAUGGGUGAUGUGAUCUUCGUGUCUCACCAGUGGACGGGGCUUCAUCAUCCUGACUCCUCCGGCGAGCAGCUUCGGGUCUUGCAGGAGGCGCUGCGCCCAGGACUUCAGGGGCGUCGGAUACAGCGAAGCAUUGAGUCGGAGAUCCUGAACAUGAAGCGGCCCCCUGGAGAGACCCAAACCGUGACGCCACGGGAGCUCUUCGUGUGGUAUGACUACUUCAGCUGCCCUCAGGAGGAUCGGACUAACCUGCAUGCAGCCAUCAGUAGCAUUCCUGCGUACGUUGAGUCCAGCAAGUACUUCGUGAUCCUCGCACCCUUCGUGCGGCAUGAGAAUCUGGGUUCUUGUUCAGGGAUUUAA